UCAUGAUAACAAUGAAAGACAAACCUAUUUUCGUCAAUAUGAAAAAUCGGACGGCCAAUAUCUCACGAUCGUUUUAUCAAGCGACGACCAAAGACAAACUAAAGAAGAUAUUCUCAUCUCUAGUCUUUGCUCACUGCUUCAGCCGUCAAAGUUCAAAGUUUCAAAGUUCACUGAGAGAUUGUGUUAAAAGAAACACAAACAUAUAAUUCUCGCUUGCGUAAUCGAAUUCUCUCUUUCCUGGAAAUUUUCUGACUCUAUUAGGUCUCAAUUCAUAAAAGCUUCUCAAGGUUUCAUCUCUCUCUCCCUUUUCGUUCCAUUGGGAGUUUGGGAUCUUAUCCGAUCUCUGGAUUUAGGGUUUGUUGCGCUGUCGCUGUUGAAAUACGAUUAAAUGCAGAGGCCCCAUACGAGGUAUUUGGAGAGAUCAAACACUAUGAAUAGGGAGAAACGAGGGCUGGAUCCGGAUGAUACAGAAGAGCGACAGCCUGAGAAGAAACGGCCUGCACUUGCUAGUGUAAUUGUUGAGGCCCUCAAGGUGGAUAGUCUGCAGAAACUUUGCUCAUCAUUGGAGCCUAUUCUUCGUAGAGUUGUCAGUGAAGAAGUGGAGCGUGCAUUGGCAAAAUUAGGUCCUGCUAGGCUCAAUGGGAGGUCUUCUCCAAAACGAAUAGAAGGGCCUGAUGGAAGAAACUUGCAGCUCCACUUCAGGUCUGGGUUGUCCCUCCCCCUCUUUACAGGAGGAAAAGUUGAAGGGGAGCAUGGUGCUGCGAUCCAUAUUGUUUUGAUUGAUGCAAACACAGGCGUUGUGGUAACAUCAGGGCCCGAGUCCUUGGCAAAACUAGAUGUUGUUGUGCUUGAAGGUGAUUUCAACAAUGAAAAUGAUGAUGAUUGGACAGAGGAAGACUUUGAAAGCCAUGUGGUGAAAGAACGUGAAGGAAAGAGACCACUCCUAACUGGGGAUUUGCAAGUGACACUGAAGGAAGGUGUAGGAACCCUUGGUGAUCUCACAUUUACAGACAACUCUAGCUGGAUAAGGAGCAGAAAGUUCAGGCUAGGUGUAAAAGUCGCCUCAGGCUACUGUGAGGGAAUUUGUAUUCGUGAGGCAAAAACAGAUGCAUUUACUGUUAAGGAUCACAGAGGGGAAUUAUACAAAAAGCACUAUCCACCUGCAUUAAAUGAUGAGGUGUGGAGGUUGGAGAAGAUUGGCAAGGACGGAUCAUUCCACAAGAGGUUGACUAAGGCUGCAAUAUUCACAGUUGAGGACUUUCUUCGGCUUGUUGUCAGAGACCAACAGAAAUUGCGGAAUAUUCUUGGGAGUGGCAUGUCAAAUAAGAUGUGGGAGGUUCUUGUGGAACACGCAAAGACUUGUGUUCUAAGUGGGAAUCAUUAUGUCUAUUAUACUGAUGAUACUAGGAAUGUUGGUAUUGUUUUUAACCAUAUAUAUGAGCUAAGUGGACUUAUAGCUGGUGGACAGUAUUGCUCUGCAGAUUCUCUUUCUGACAGUCAGAAGGUCUUUGUGGAUACCUUGGUGAAGAAGGCAUAUGACAAUUGGAUACAUGUUGUCGAGUAUGAUGGCAAGGCACUGUUAAGCUUUAAGCAGAACAAAAGGUUGAGUUCUGCUCGAAGUGAAUUUUCGAUGGGUUCAGCAGAUUAUGGUAACUCAUUUGAUCAGCCAUCAACUCUUCCACGUCCACAUGUUCCUUCUCCUUCAGAGCAGCCUUCAAUGGAUAUGGGCAUUACCGUUGGGGUUUCAGGUUAUAAUGAUAAUCUGGCUUCUCAAUACCCUACACAGCCCCCCCAGCAAGUAAACUCCAAUACCCAUAUCCAGUUUUAUGGUACUUCCUUUGCCCCACAGAACCAGAUGAUUGGAGAUCCAAACCAGGCCCAAGUAACGGGAAAUGAUAACAUUGUCGGACUGGCUCUGGGGCCACCACAUUCAUCUGCAUCUGCAUCUGCAUCUGCUUUAGAGAAUGUUGGUCCAUCUGACCAAACGACUAAUCUUUCUUCUUACGAUGACUGGUCCCAUAACCGCGAUAGUAGAGUUGAUGAAUUUUUUUCUGAGGAUGAAAUCCGCAUGAGAAGUCAUGAGAUGCUUGAGAAUGACGACAUGCAGCAUCUGCUUCGAGUGUUCAGCAUGGCAGGCCACGGCCCCAUUGUGACCGAGGAUGGGUACCCUUCUUCUUUUCCGUCUUUCAUGCCAUCCCCAUCGCUGAACUAUGGUUAUGAUGAGGACCGGUCCCGCUCAUCUGGCAAAGCUGUUGUAGGAUGGCUCAAGCUCAAGGCAGCCCUGAGGUGGGGUAUUUUUAUCAGGAAGAAAGCAGCUGAGAGGCGAGCACAGCUUGUUGAGUUGGAUGAUUAGCGUGUGGUGAAAUCAUGUUGAGGGUAAGCUAUGGGACUUUGUUGUCAAGCAAUCCCUUGUCUGGGUCUAUGGUCCGAGACUCCCAUCAAAAUCUUAUUCGAUGCAAUAAUAGGAAUUUUGGGUUCUCAUCUAUUCCUUGGAUUCUGAGACUUGGGAUGCUUUUCUGUGACCUGGAAUCUCUGCUUGUACAGUGUUUGCCUGUACAGUAAUUUUGUUUCUGUUAACAUCCUUAUUAACACUGUAACUCAUUGUAUGAUUUCUCUCUGCUCUGUCUGGGUUGUGUGAAUCUCCAUUAGUAAGUUCUGGGGGAGUUCUGGGGAAAGGGGGAGCAGAGAUGGUUUUAGUGCUGGGGUGUUCCUUCUGUGACCCGUAACACUUAUCUAUGAUUGAUUUUGGUAUGCCAAUGUAAUCCUUUUUAUAUUAA